UCAUCACCACCACCACCAUUUUCAUCAUCAUCAUCACCACCACCAUCAUUUUCAUCAUCAUCAUCGUUAUCCCUGUUGUUAUCACAAAAGCCAUCGUGGAUGCCUCUGUGUCCCUACUAUUGAUAAUGUCCAGCGCCAGAGGGGAGAGGGAUGGUCGAGGUCACAUAGGGGUUUACAGGGAAACGCUUCUCUGUGUACAUUGCACUGAACUUCACAGCAUCUCACAUUAUCUACCACUCUCUCUCUCUCCCUGUCUCUCUCUCUCUCUCUCCUUCUUCUUCACAUUCUCUUCCUCCACCCCUCUCUCUCUCCCGCACUCAGCCCAUCUCUCGGAACACUUGUCGGACUAUUGGUUUCCUCUUCUGUGUAGUGUGACAGCUGAACUGAGAAACUUGAAGCUAAGAGACACAGACAGGACUGCGAUAGGCUUGCCUUGUCUAUUUACUUACUGAAACAGCAUCAACGAAAAGAGAGACUUCUAAGACACAAUAUAACGUAUCUAUAUUCCGCUGAGAACAAGAAUUGGAGGAAAAUAAGACAGAUGAAAAUGACGACUCUAUCCAACUGGACACAACCGUUAUCCACAAUGGUUUCUCUGCUGGCACCAAAUGAAACGUCUGGUGAAAAUGAGGAAUCAGAUCUACAAAACGAAAGCUGGGAAUUCUACAUUUAUUAUUAUGGAAUGUUCUGUUUGGUGGCCGUCGUUAAUUUAACUGGCAAUUCACUGGUAAUUAGUACAAUAAUAAGACACCGUCAAUUACAAUAUUGUUGUAACUGGUUUCUCCUCAGUUUGGGCUUCUCUGACCUUCUACAGGGUUUUGUCUACCCCAUAUAUAAUUUGUCACACAUCGAGAUAUCUGCUAUCAGCGAACCUCUUGGAGCCUGGUCUCUCUGUCAGUUUCUAUUGACUGAAGUGCUUGCCUUGGACUUGGGAUCCUCUUACCAUCUUGUCUGUAUCACUGUGAUCCGAUACAUUGCUGUUGUUCACCCAUUAAAAUACCACAACUAUGUCAACGAGAAACGGAUCCUGGUCUGCAUUGUUUUCAUAUGGCUCUCCACUCAGACAACAAUAAUUCUCUUGUAUACAAUAUACAUACCAGAAGGAGAAUACGUAGGAGCAUGUCGGUAUGAGAACAUAUUCCGGUUUGCACAUACCAAUAUACUGUUUAUCAUUCAACUAUUCUUGCCAGUGACCAUAAUGACGUGCUUAUACAUUCCUCUGAUACGAAUUGCCCGGAAACAGGCCAAAGUGAUUGCUAUUCAGGAAUGUUCUGUGACUCGGUCAGCAAUAACUAGCCAAGAGAGAAAGUCAACUUAUAUGGUUACAUCGCUUCUUGGUUGCUUUGCCAUCUUUUGGACCCCUACAGUCAUUUAUUUUUAUGCCAGUAUUGCUUUAAAAGGAAACAUUAACCAUUAUAUCAGAGCCACCGUCCGCAUUCUGCUUUUCAUGAACAGUGCCAUCAACGUAUUUGUUUAUGCUGGAAGAGAUGGAGAAUUUAGAAACAUUUUGAAAAAAGACUUGAAGAAAUUGUCUUCCUUCUGUAAAUGCUGCCACAAAUCGGAUUUCCAUUGAUUAUAUAUAUAUAUAUAUAUACACAUGUGUAUACAUAGUAUUUGAUGGUAUAAAAGAUGCAGAGGCAUAUUAGAUGCACCUCAAUCUCAGCAGUGUACACUUUAAGGAAAAAGAGUGUCAGGGACAAAAUUAGCUAAUGAGAGGACCAACUAGGCAUAUAGAGCCUGUGUAGAUGUUUUGAGAUAUUCUUUUUUUUUAUAAAGAGUGUCUUAUAUGACAUCAAAUAUGGUAU